AUGUCUGCUCAAGAGGAAGGAGGCCGGAAGCCCCACAAACCCAAGGGCAAGACCCUGAGCAACUUCUUGGGGUUCCUGCCUGGAUUCAGUUCUGCCCGGAACCUGGUGGCCAAUGCUCACAGCUCAGCAAGAGAGGCCCAGCCAGUAGCUGAUCCCACAGGUGCUCCUACCCCCGAGGCCACCCAUCCCCAGGCCCAGGCAGCUACCGACCCGAAGCAGAUGGCCAGGGAGGUGGAGAAGCUGCCGCCGCCUUCAGACAAGAUGAUCUCUGGGGUGAAGGACCAGGUGUGCUCCACGAUGACCAAAACGAAAGAUGCCAUCUCCUCCGGAAUGGCGAACAUGACAGACUCAGCUAAAGGGGCUGUACAGGGGGGCCUGGACACCACAAAGACAGUCAUGACUGGCACCAAAGACACAGUGUCCGCUGGCCUCACUGGGGCAAUGGAUGUAGCCAAGGGUGCCGUCCAGACUGGCUUGGACACUACCAAGACUAUCCUGACUGGCACCAAAGACACAGUGUCCACUGGCCUCACUGGUGCAAUGGGUGUGGCCAAGGGUGCCGUCCAGACCGGUGUGGACACGACCAAGACAGUCCUGACUGGCACCAAAGACACAGUGUCCACUGGCCUAACUGGGGCAAUGGGUGUGGCCAAGAGUGCCGUCCAGACUGGUGUGGACACCUCCAAGACCAUCCUGACUGGCACCAAAAACACAGUGUCUACUGGCCUCACUGGGGCAAUGGAUGUAGCCAAGGGUGCCGUCCAAACUGGCAUGGACACCUCUAAGACCAUCCUGACUGGCACCAAAAACACGGUGUCCACUGGCCUCACUGGGGCAAUGGAUGUCACCAAGAGUGCCGUCCAGACCGGCGUGGACACCACCAAGACAGUUCUCACUGGCACCAAAGACACAGUGUCCACUGGCCUCACAGGGGCAAUAGAUGUAGCCAAGGGUACCGUCCAGACUGGCUUGGAUACCUCCAAGACUAUCCUGACUGGCACCAAAAACACAGUGUCCACUGGCCUCACUGGGGCAAUGGGUGUGGCCAAGGGUGCCGUCCAGACUGGCAUGGACACUACCAAGACGGUUCUCACUGGCACCAAAAACACAGUGUCCACUGGCCUCACUGGGGCAAUGGAUGUAGCCAAGGGUGCCGUCCAAACUGGCAUGGACACCUCCAAGACCAUCCUGACUGGCACCAAAGACACAGUGUCCACUGGCCUCACUGGGGCAAUGGGUGUGGCCAAAGGUGCCGUCCAGACUGGCAUGGACACUACCAAGACGACCAUCCUGACUGGCACCAAAGACACAGUGUCCGCCGGCUUAACCGGAGCAAUGGGAAUGGCCAAGGGUGCCGUCCAAACUGGCAUGGACACCUCCAAGACCAUCCUGACUGGCACCAAAGACACAGUGUCCACUGGCCUCACUGGGGCAAUGGGUGUGGCCAAGGGUGCCGUCCAAACUGGCAUGGACACUACCAAGACGGUCCUCACUGGCACCAAAGACACAGUAUCCACUGGGCUCACUGGCGCAAUGGGUGUGGCCAAGAGUGCCGUCCAGACUGGUGUGGACACCUCUAAAACCAUCCUGACUGGCACCAAAGACACAGUGUCCGCCGGCUUAACCGGAGCAAUGGGAAUGGCCAAGGGUGCCGUCCAAACUGGCAUGGACACUACCAAGACGGUCCUGACUGGCACCAAAAACACAGUGUCCACUGGCCUCACUGGUGCUGUGGGUGUAGCCAAGGGUGCUGUCCAGACUGGCUUGGAUACCUCCAAGACUAUCCUGACUGGCACCAAAAACACAGUGUCCACUGGCCUCACUGGUGCUGUGGUUGUGGCCAAAGGUGCCGUCCAGACUGGCAUGGACACUACCAAGACGGUCCUCACUGGCACCAAAAACACGGUGUCCACUGGCCUCACUGGGGCAAUGGGUGUGGCCAAAGGUGCCGUCCAAACUGGCAUGGACACUACCAAGACGGUCCUCACUGGCACCAAAGACACAGUGUCCACUGGACUCACUGGGGCAAUGGGUGUCGCCAAGAGUGCCGUCCAGACCGGUGUGGACACCUCCAAGACCAUCCUGACUGGCACCAAAGACACAGUGUCCGCCGGCUUAACCGGAGCAAUGGGAAUGGCCAAGGGUGCCGUCCAAACUGGCAUGGACACUACCAAGACGGUCCUGACUGGCACCAAAAACACAGUGUCCACUGGCCUCACUGGUGCUGUGGGUGUGGCCAAAGGUGCCGUCCAGACUGGCAUGGACACUACCAAGACGGUCCUCACUGGCACCAAAGACACAGUGUCCACUGGACUCACUGGGGCAAUGGGUGUGGCCAAGAGUGCCGUCCAGACUGGCAUGGACACUACCAAGACGGUUCUCACUGGCACCAAAAACACAGUGUCCACUGGCCUCACUGGUGCUGUGGGUGUGGCCAAAGGUGCCGUCCAGACUGGUGUGGACACCACCAAGACGGUUCUCACUGGCACCAAAGACACAGUGUCCGUUGGCCUCACAGGGGCAAUGGAUGUAGCCAAGGGUGCUGUCCAGACUGGUGUGGACACCUCUAAGACUAUCCUGACUGGCACCAAAAACACAGUGUCCACUGGACUCACUGCAGCAAUGGAUGUCACCAAGAGUGCCGUCCAGACCGGCGUGGACACCACCAAGACAGUUCUCACUGGCACCAAAGACACAGUGUCCACUGGUCUCACUGGUGCUGUGGGUGUAGCCAAGGGUGCUGUCCAGACUGGCUUGGAUACCUCCAAGACUAUCCUGACUGGCACCAAAAACACAGUGUCCACUGGCCUCACUGGGGCAAUGGAUGUAGCCAAGGGUGCCGUCCAAACUGGCAUGGACACCUCCAAGACCAUCCUGACUGGCACCAAAGACACAGUGUCCACUGGCCUCACUGGUGCUGUGGGUGUGGCCAAAGGUGCCGUCCAAACUGGCAUGGACACUACCAAGACGGUCCUCACUGGCACCAAAGACACAGUGUCCACUGGACUCACUGGGGCAAUGGGUGUCGCCAAGAGUGCCGUCCAGACCGGUGUGGACACCUCCAAGACCAUCCUGACUGGCACCAAAGACACAGUGUCCGCCGGCUUAACCGGAGCAAUGGGAAUGGCCAAGGGUGCCGGCGCUGCCCAGAUUGGUUUGGGUACUGUACAGAAUUGGUUACCGGCUGCUGGGGAAAGCUCCUAUGGUGGACUCACCAAUGACUCGGAGACAGACAAAUUUGGGCAACAAACUGUGCUGCACCCCCUGGAGGCUUCAUCCUGCAUGGUCUCCAGCCUCCCUGACACUCUCUGUGCAGGCCAUGUCCUUGCCACAGAAGCCACUGCAAGUACCCAGAGCCUUGGUUCCACUGUGGUAGCAUUCACUCAAGGAACCUCACUGGAUACGGAGGAUGCGGGGUGCAUGGCCACCAUGCGCAGCCAUGAAGGUGUCACAGGCUUCCUGACACUCCCAGAGGAACUGCGGGAGAUCUUCCACCCCAUGAACGCUGAGGAGCAAGCUCAGUUGGUGGCUUCUGAGCCUGGGCCCAGGGUACCCGCAGCAGACCAGAGCAGUUACUUCGUGCGUCUUGGUGACCUGGCCCACAGCUUUCGCCAGCGGGCUUUCGAGCAUACCCUGAGCCAUUUGCAGCAUGGCCAGUUCCAGGCUAGGGCCACACUGGCCCAGCUUGAGGACUCCAUCAGGCUGAUUGAAAAGGCCAAGGAGGCUCCAGAAGGACAGCCAUGGACGGAUAAAGCCGGUACCCAAGAGGUGUCAGACUUGGGAGCUCUGUCCAGGACCUGUGGACUCAUCCAGCAGCUCCACGUGGCUUACAGCACCCUAGCCUCCAGCCUCCAGGGUCUCCCAGCUGAGCUCCAGCAGCGGGUCAGGCAGGCGAGGCACAGCCUCUGUGAGCUCUAUGGCGUUGUCUCCUCUGCCAGCUCCAUUGCAGAGCUGCCAGCCGAGCGCCUGGCUCAGAGUCGUGAGAGUGUAGGCCAGGCCUGGCAAGGGCUGGAGAAGCUGCUGGAGAGCGUGCAGCACAGCCCCCCACUCAGCUGGCUGGUGGGGCCCUUUGACCUGCACCCUAGUGGGCAGCAGCUAUAGGUCCUUCUCAGACCCUCCCCAGCCCCAACUCCCCGAAGCUCUGGGACUGCCCCAUCCACCUUUCUUCCCAAGCAUGGCUGGCCUAGGAGCCCAGGAUUGCUAAGACCAUUGACAGAGGGCCUGCACUUGAAGAUCCUGAGCAAGCACUCCAGUUACAAAAAAGAAGUGAAAUGUGACUAAGUCUAGAAGAUUCUCCUAGCAGUCCCCACUAGGAGCCCCAUUAUCUUUGCAGGGAUAGGGGUCUUCCACCCCAGUCUGGGCCUUUAGCUACCAGCUUAGCGGGUAGUCCUGCUCCUAUGUACUCAUUUUGAAAGCAUCUAUCCCAGACCUAGCAAACACCUUGCACCACAAUGUAACAGAAUGCCACCACCAUCCGGAGGCAGGGUCCCAACUGCCUUUGCUGAAUGUGGCCUAGAUAAGGGGCUUUGUGAGGACAAAGCCAUCAGCUGACCCAUCCCUUCCCUCUAGCUUUUCAGGGCCUGCCUUGAGGACUGCAUUGCUUAGAGGGACUAUGGGGGGGGCUACAAAUCAAGCCCCUUCCUACCUCUUCUGCUUGCCCACCUGCCUGGUCCUACAGGCCAAUCACAGGAUCGCAGAGCUGAGGUUCUGGUCCCUGGGGCAUCUGGGCCCAGAGGCUGCCUAUGGCGGAAUGAAAGGGUUUCCCCACAAGGGACAGGGCCCCAAGGAGUAUGGGACAAGGUGCUGAAUGAUCCUUCAGGUCUUGGUAAUGUGCUCCAGGCUAGAGACCAGGGCCUUCGAUGGUUGGGAGCAUCCCUGCAAUCCCAGCCAGAGGUCCAAGCCCCCUGCCCCUGCCCCCAGAUGUGAAAACUCAGGAUGUUGGCCUAGGCCUCUCUCCAUCUGGGAGCUGGACAUCAGAACACCAGCGGCCCAAGCCAGGUCCAGCUUCCAUCUUCCCAGAACCUGCACCAUGCCGACAGCACGCCCCAACACUGCACCCUCUUCUCAGAAAUGAUAAGGUGCUCUGAGCUCCAGGAUGAAUGGGCUCACGCUCCCUAAGGGUUACCAAAGGCUGCCAGCAUCUGGGAGGGACUCUGCUUUGGGGUGCUGGCACCCGGCUUAACAAAGGAACCAGUCAGUGAACCUUCCGAGACGUUCUUUCCUCGACCUCCAACACCUAAGUUAUCAGAAGUGAAGACACUGGGAAUACAGCUAUUCACAGAAACCCAGCAAAGUGACUUGACUUCAAGUCCAGCCAAACCAAAUGGGGGGUGGGCAGGACUCAAGAAAUCCCUGCCAUCCCACAGUCUCCCUCUUAGCUAGGAUGGGUGGACUCACCCAGAACAGGGGGACACAAAGGAGGCCACUGUUUAGCCAGAAAUUGCCAAGGGCAGGUGCCUGGCUGGGAGUCUUCCCCUAUCCAGGCGAGAAAAGAGAAGCCCAGAGUGGGAGUGCCACUUGCCCAAUGUCACACAGGGAGGCCUGCCCCCAGUGCUUAUGCUCUCUGAACGUGUAAAAAAAACAACCCACAGGACACUUCCUGGACUGAAUGCCCCGAACUGGCAGUGCCAGGCACAUUGGUUCUUGACUUGGGAGUGGGGGGUGGCGGGGGGGCUUGCAGUGCCACCUGCAGCUUGGGCAAGAGGGAAAACGACUGAGUCAGUGGAGCAGGCAGUGGCUUCUGGGGAAAACAUGGUAGCCACUGUCCCGGACCUGCCCUCCCGGCCUCUUUGUUUCUCCUUUCUGGGCACUGGGCAGCCAAACCCAGGACAGCAAACCACAGCCUCCAUUUGAGCCUCGAAG